AAUGCAGUUCACAGACGGUUAUAGCGGGUUGGCUACAGGUGUAAAACAUUUUAUUCACUGGGCGAAUUUACCAAGUUGCUUCAUUUUGUAUGCUGUCAUCCUGUAACCGGAAGCCUACAGAAAAUCUGACCUGGGUGACAGAUGUCUGUGGUGACAGUUCAGCUCGGUCAGUGCGGUAACCAGGUGGGUCAGGAGCUGUUUGACGUCGUUUGUACUGAUGUCCGGGAGGGACCAAGAAAAACAUACAGCGCAGCCAGCUGUGAGCGCUUCUUCUACCAGACCACACAUGGCGAUCUUACGGCCAGGGCGGUGCUGAUAGACAUGGAGCCUAAAGUGAUCAACCAGAGCAUGACCAAGGCUGCAAAGUCUGGCAGAUGGAAGUAUGGAGACACCUCGCACUUCAGUCAGAAGCAGGGAUCUGGAAACAACUGGGCUAAUGGGUACUGUGUCCAUGGCCCCCGUCAUAGAGAGGUGGUGGAGGAGCUGGUGAGGCGAGAGGUGGAGCGCUGUGACAGACUGUCUGGCUUCAUGGCCAUGAUGAGUGUGGCAGGGGGGACGGGGUCUGGGGUUGGCACCUACGUUACUCAGUGUCUCCGAGACAUCUAUCCAAAGUCCUUCAUCCUGAACCACCUCACCUGGCCGUACGGGACCGGAGAGGUGAUUGUCCAGAACUACAACUCAGUGUUGACACUGGCUCAUCUCUAUCAGCUGUCAGAUGCCAUCCUGGUGCACGAGAACGACACGGUUCACAGGAUCUGCAGUCAGCUGCUCAAAAUCAAACACAUCUCCUUCAGUGAUGUCAACAGGGUGAUCGCUCACCAGCUGGGCAGCGUGCUGCAGCCUGCACUCACUGCGGACUCGCACGGAGUCUACAGCAGAAAUCCUCUGGGUGAGUUGGUGAGCGCUCUCACAUGCCACCCAGAAUACAAGCUGCUCAGUGUAUGCACUAUCCCUCAGAUGCCUAAUUCCUCUAUAGCCUACAGUACGUUCAGCUGGCCGGGGCUGCUCAAACAUCUGCGACAGAUGCUCAUUUCCAACAGCAAGAUGGAGGAAGGUAUAGACUGGCAGGUCCGUCCACCUUCAGGCUCUGAGCGGACCAGGAGUGUCACAGGUGGCAGCUUCAACGCCUCUGUGGCUAACCUGCUUGUACUGAGAGGGAAAGAUGUCUACAGUGCAGAGACAGGUGGCUUUGAGGACCCAACCCUGUAUACCUCUUGGCUUUCAGCAGAGGAAGCUUUCAACUUGUGGAAAUCCCCAGUGCCUUUUAAUAAGUAUGAAAAAUCUGCUACUCUGGUCAGUAACAGUCAGGCUCUGCUCAAACCUUUGGAUAACAUGGUUGCAAAAGCCUGGAAUAUGUUUGCCUCUAGAGCCUAUAUCCAUCAGUACGUUAAGUUUGGGAUCUCAGAAGAGGACUUCCUAGACAACUUUACAUCUCUUGAGCAAGUCAUCUCCAGCUACAGUGAACUGUGCUAGCAUUAGUAUCAUUCCUUUGGACUAUGUAGACAGGAGAAUACCAUUAUAUGGGACGUUGUUGAUGCUUGGUGUGACAUCUGCAGACAGGAGUGAUGCGAGUUCAGUGCCCUUUGAGGAUUUUUUUUUUCAAAUUAUUAUGGACUUUGAAAUAAAAUAAACAGCUGCUUCCAAGGUCAAGAAUGAUCCAACUCAUCCUUUUUAAUGCUGGUGUAGAUGAGAACACUACUGGAAGUACUAGAUGUCAAAAUACUUUGUUCUAAGUUCUACAUUCAAAAUUGUAAUUUAGAAAGUUUUAAAGUAUCAUCAGAAAAAUAAAGUAUCAAAAAAUAAAAGUACUCUUAUUAUAUGCAGCCCCUGAAAGUUUUUCUUUAAAUCCAUAUAAUUUGUGCACACAAAUAAUUGUAUGUAGCAAACUAAAAUAACCGCUUCAAUUUACAAUCUAUCAUUCAUAUUAGUGUACAAUGACCUCAUGUAAAUCCUAUCAGAGCUUUUUGCAACUCCAGCCUGAGCAGGACCAAUCACCUGAAAACCUGAACCUGAGGUAGUGCUGGACCUUUAAUAAAAUGUUUUGUAUGUAAAUAAAAAGUAACUAGCACCAACAACUAAAUAAAGGUAGUAGAGUUAAAGGUCCUUUAAAAUGUAGUGGCAUGUAUAUCUCAUGUACAAGUACCUAAGUGCUGUUAGAUUCUGAAAAAGCUGUCCAAAAAGUGGACAUUUCACAUUCAGUUGAACACAACUGAAUGUCUUCAUCUGACAAUCAUCACACAAUCGGAAAAUUGUGUGAUGUGACUGAAAGCUCCAAAAAAUGACUCAACAGAACCUUGUAGCAGAAUCAGCUGGUGCUAUUAGUUUGAAAAUGUGGAAGUAUAUUUAGUAAAUGUGUUCAGAAAUGAUGGGAAAAGCAGCAGCCUCUAAUGUAAAGUAACAAACACAUUAGCUGACAUACUUUUUCAUUUUAUUGGCCAUUAAUUUGAUUAGACAGUAUUUCAAAACUGGGUCGAUUGGCAUAAAAUCAAAAGUGGCACAAAAAACAGGUUGUUGUAUCCAAAAAUGGACAUCUUGAGGAGCAGACUUGCCAUGAGCAAAGAAUGCUGAAGGCCCACAACGUCAGCCAGCUUACAGACUGCUGCUGCCGUGCUCAUAAAACAGCCAACACCAGUCUGAUAAGCUAGCUGACAAGGUGGAAGGGGUGGUGUCAAAAAGCCGACGGUGAAGACUAUAGAAGGGGAUCUUCUUCACAAGCCGGUGUUGACCAGAUACGACUGAGAAUGCUUCAGGCAGGACAUAUCCACAACACAGAGGAUUUGGGAGUCAGGAUGGUAGACAGCAAACAAUCAGCACAAAGAACCUGAUGACUAGUUAGGUCUCCAGAGGGCCCGUUUAUCUUCAACUAUUAAGGUCAAGGCAGUUAUGCUCCCAAGGAUAACUAAAAAGCAGUGCUGAACUGUUCACUUACCUCCAAGAUGGUCAUUCCUAAGAGAAAAUUAUGCAUUAGCUCUUAAAGUUCUUAAACAUCACAAGAUUACAACAGCACUCAUCAGGAUGAACAUUUAGAAGUUAGUCUUGUUCUACAAGGGAAUACAAAAAAGUGACUCAGACUUGGGAAGAACUUCCAUGAGUUAACCUAUUUUAUAUAUGAUCUGAUCAAAGUUUCAACCUAAAUGUACAGAAUAGAAAUGGGACUAGUUAGCUGAGAGUACAAUAUCACUUUACAAAUGAUUUCACCUUUUUUGUUUUUAAGUUGACUCAGCACAGACCUUUAGCAGAGAAAUACAUCUGCGCAUACUGUCAGAAAGACGUUAAGAUAUUUACACAAUGUGCAAACAAUCAAUACCACACUGUUUUAAGUCAAUAUUGCUCUUUCCCACCAUUUUAAAAAGACAGUUCCACACAAAAACAGAAACUGGUCUUACUGUUUAAAUGGACCAAAAACAUGAGGAGAAUUUAACCCUGAAAAGAAAGACCAUCAAUAGCAGUUGUCCUGGCAGCAUGCUGUACAAACAUCCAUCAAUACAUACAAUACAUGUUACAAAAUUAAAUAAAAAUCAAGUCUGUAAGUCAAGAACUAUAUUCAAGGGAAGUCAGACCUUCCCAUCUUGCAUAAGGCAUAGCUUCUGAUGGGCACUGCCCGCACACAGCAGUCACCACCAAACUGCUGCUUUACUUCUGAGGUCAAUGAAUGGGUUAAUUUAGUCAUUAAAAUAAAAUGUUAAGAUCAGCAGUAGAGUCAAUCGCACUACACACACCUAGAGAGUGAGAUGAGAGGAAGAACUACAAAACCUGAAGAGGGAUGAAAAGUAAACAGCACAUACAUCCUCAAAAGCACACAUACCAACAAAUGCUUGUUUUUUUUUUUUAGGGUUCAGCGUCUUUGAGAAUGGAUGAGGGUUAAGUUUGUUAAGCUGUGAGUGGCUGGGGCUGA